AUGUCCUCCACGGGAAACCUGUCGCCAGCAAGCACCAGAAGCAGAUCAACGAGCCUCCGCAGUCUCUGGUCCGGCACCCAGUCCACCCUCAAACGCAUCCUUUCUACCGGCCUCAGCCAAAGUCAACGAACGCCCUCUUCGCUCUCGCGGACAGCCUCGAAAUCCGAGGGCGGCAGCGUCGUCCGCUAUAUCAUCACACUGCCCCCCGGGCCCGCGCCUCCAAACUCGCCGCGAUGCCUGCGAUGCCUGCGAUGCCGCCGCCUCGACAGGGAUACCAUCGUUGCGAUCGCGUGUCCUCCGGUGGCUGUCUAUCGCGGGGCGGCAGACCAUCAUGUGAAUGCACGGGUCGGUCUCGCGGUGGUGUUGACGGUUAUCGGAUGGGUUCCCGGCGUGAUUUAUGCGCUUUUGAGUGCCCCUGAGAAGCCUGCGUCGCCGUAUUACUGGCAUACUAGUGAGAGAUCUAGCUCUGCUGUCAUCAAGCGUCCACGAAGACAGUUGACGCUGCCAUCCAAGAGGCCGGUUAAACGGGUUGUCUAG